AAGUCUGACGCUCAUGCUAAAAUUUCUUCCACUGGGAAUCGCACUGAUGAUGCGUCGUACGCUGAUAAUUACGGUUGCUAUGAAUCAGUUAUUCAUAUCAUGGGUGACGUAUAGAUUUCUCCGUAGUGCUGAGUGAACUUCAGCCACUCACAUGACGUUGGCAACAGUGGUGAAUUAAUCUACUAUGGCUGUCGUGGCGUAGUGUUAUUGAGAGCAUAUUUAAAUGGAUUAAUUUUCUAGUUAACAGUUUGAAGUGAUUGAGUGAUCAUUGUAGUUACAUAACUGGUUAGAAAACCAUGAGCGAUAGGUGACUGGGCUUGUAGCCUAGUAACAACAUUAUGAGUGAAGUUGCUCCCCCACUGCCACUUGAAAGAACUGCGGGAAGUAAUAACCUCGCAGACAAGCGACAAGAGGCAGCCCUCAUCAAACGACAAAAGCUGGCAGCAUGUCAGAACAGUGUCCCUCCAGUGCAUGGACGUUCCAACCCAGCCCUGCAUGUUCGCACACGGCUCAGCAACCACCAGCGCAAUCUGAGUCUUGAUUUUAGAUCAAUGGGCAUUCUACUGCCUCCAGUGUCACAAGUGACGACUGUAACAACAUUAACAAUGCACCAUCGUAACCGAAGUCUUGACUCAGCUUUGCAGCGAAUCCCUGAAGUAGACAUCACACCAAGCCCAGAAUGUGAACCUGCAGAACGAAUCCCUGGGUCAACCAAAGCAGCUGCAGGAGGAGAAUGUGCCAAGAAUAAGACAGGUGGCCCACCAGUAGGGAAGGGACGAGACCGUGAGGAGAUCACCAGUUUGGGUUCAGAUGACUCGGGCAUUUUGUGUGGUUCUGACAGUGGGUCAGGUAGCGAUGCAAAUACAGCUACACGUGAAUCAAGUGUAGAACAGUUGACUGGUAUAGAUCACAGUCAUGAGAGUUUAGACUUACCAACACAUAAAUCAGAUCAUGAGCAGCUCUCUCAUACAAAUCAUAGAAACAAACUAUGUGUUGACUGCUCUGACUCUGUUGAAACCUGCAGCAACCGUCACGAACUGGAGUGUCAUACUGCAGAUGUAGUCUUUAUGCCCGUAACACCAAUGAUUGAAGUAACUCAACUUGCAGUGGAUGUUAGGGAGACAAGUGAUGAAAAUUGUGCUUCAAAGUGCAGUGAGACAGGUGGUGACCAUUCAGGUGCUUCCAUACUAACAGCAGAAAUGCAGUCAUGUCCUAUUCCUUCCUCUAUAACUCUUUGUUUUGGAGUGAGCUCUGAUACAGAGAAAUCUGAAAAGGAUAUGACACAAAUUAAGGGAAAAAAAGAUUUUCUUUUGAGACUGUUUGAAAGCAAACUGUUUGACAUGUCAAUGGCUAUUUCCUAUUUAUUCAACUCAAAGGAACCUGGUGUUCAGCAUUACAUAGGUAACAAAAUGUUCAGUUUUCCUGAUCAUGAGGUGGAUUUUUAUCUGCCACAACUUGUCAGCAUGUAUAUUCAGAUGCAUGAUGUUGCUGAAGUUAUCCACCCAUAUCUUGUCCACAGGUGUAGGAAGUCAGCAGACUUCUCACUGAAGUGUGCAUGGUUCCUUGAUGCAUAUAGUUCAGAUGCUCAUCUUCUCUGUAAGAAGAAAUCUCAUGGGACCAAGCUGAAAAAUCUCAUCCUGUCAGAUGAACUGCGACCGAAGGAGACAGAUUCUACCCUGACUCGUCGAACAAGAGUUAGCACUGGUGGUCCUGCACCUGAUUGUUCAAAGAUGAAGGAAUUAGCUUCACCAACUGUUCCCAGUGGUUCUCCACCUCCACCUCCUCCUCCUCCUCCACCUCCUCUUCCACCAAGCACUCCUGUUACUUCACCAAACAAGAAGACUCACCAACGCUCUUGGUCUGAUGCUACAGGACUGUACCCUGGACAUAGAAGAAUGCUGCCUUUGGGGAAUAGCAGCAAGAUGUGCUUGGGAGACUUGGGUUCUGGAAGAGCAUUUGAUAAUGGUUGCAUAUGUUUUGAUACCUGUCAGGGUGUUGUCAAUGACCUUCGAGGGAAACGAACAGAUUGCACUUGCAAUGCUCCACGUUUGGCUCCAGAGUUGGAAUUUAUUAAGGCUCUUAUAUCCAUUGGUAAGCUCCUAAGUUCACUUCCAACAAAGGAAGCAAAAACAGUACGACUUAUUUCUGAACUUCACACAUUGAACCUCAAUCUUCCUGCCAGAGUGUGGUUGCCUGUACACAGUGAAAUCCCACAUCAUAUUGUGAGAAUACCUCCACAAGUAUGUGCUGUACUCAAUUCAAAAGAUAAGGCUCCCUACAUAAUCUGUGUAGAGGUCUUGGAGGUGGAGGACAUUUAUACAUCACCAGUACCAACUAAGAUCAUGAACCCUCUUCGCCACACCAAGUCAGAAGAGAAUUUGGCAGCUGAGGGUGCUGCUCAGGCAGAGAGUGCAUCUGUUUGUGCCUUCAGUGUAUAUGGCAAUCCUGAUGAAGAGACUGGGGACUGUUGGUCACAGGAAGAUGAUGAAAUAUCGCAACAGUAUAUGCAGCUGCGCAAGCCAAUGGAUCGUGAUACAAUCUCUCAGUUAAGUCAGGAGUCAAGUGAUUCUCGUGAACCUCCAGUGUUCAUUGCCGCAGGGGAUAUUCGACGACGAUUAUCAGAAUCUUUGGAUGAUUCACGGAGAGUAGCUUUUACACAUGAUCCUGAAGAUCCAUCUGCUACUGCCCUGAAAGAGCCAUGGGAAAUAAAGGAAAGGCGAGUAAGGGAAGCUUCACCAUAUGGUCAUAUGGCCUCAUGGCGUCUUCUGUCUGUUAUUGUUAAAUGUGGUGAUGAUCUACGACAAGAACUUCUUGCUUCACAGUUACUCACAAUGUUACAACAUAUUUGGGAAACAGAAAGGAUUGACCUGUGGGUUCGCCCAUAUAAGAUAUUAUGUUUAUCAAAUGAUAGUGGACUCAUUGAGCCCAUCCUGAAUACUGUGUCAUUACAUCAAAUCAGGAAGCAUUGUCAGCUUUCAUUACUGCAGUAUUUUGAACAACAAUAUGGGUCCCACAACUCAGAAGAUUUCCUCACAGCACAAAGAAACUUUGUAGAAAGUUGUGCUGCCUAUUGCCUUGUCUGCUAUCUUGUUCAAGUGAAAGACAGGCACAAUGGAAAUAUUCUUCUUAACAGUGAGGGUCAUUUGAUCCACAUAGAUUUUGGAUUCAUCCUGUCUACAUCGCCUCGGAAUUUGGGAUUUGAGACGUCACCUUUUAAGCUGACUCCAGAAUUUGUUGAAGUAAUGGGUGGUCUUGGCUCUGAUAUGUUUGAAUAUUUCAAAAUAUUGAUCCUGAAAGGUCUCAUAGCAGCACGGAAACAUAUGGAUCGAAUUCUCAGUCUCGUGGAAAUUAUGCGUUCAGGGUCACAGCUACCAUGCUUUAAGUCAGGUGCAGCCACUGUCCACGGUCUAAAGAAUCGCUUUCACUUGAACCUCACAGAAGAACAACUCCAACUCUUGGUGGACAAUUUGGUGGAGUCAAGCAUUCAUUCACUCAGCACCAGAAUCUAUGAUCGCUUCCAGUAUCUUGCCAAUGGCAUUUUGUGAGCCAGUGAAGUUCACAUGUGUAUUGGAUAUUGUGGGCAUAUGUGUUGUAAAUCACAGGUCAACAAAUGUAGUGUGUGAAGUGAGAAAGAAUAUUAUGAAAGAAAGAGGAAUGAUGACAAAGUAAUUUGAAAUUAAAAAAUAUACCACAUCGAAGAGCGUUAUAAACCCAUGCCACAUCUGGCUUAAGGUUUCAUGUUCACUCAAGCUCAAAUUUCCAAGAUAACAGAUUUGCCUAAUUGUCGGCAUUUAACUUUCCAAAGAAUUUAUUCUUUUUGUUAAUGUCAUUUUAAGAUGUAAGACGAAUGUAACAGUUUUUCAGAAUUUCAGAAUCUCAUGUCACUUAAAUCACAGGCAAGGCAAUGAAUGUUUUCAUAUAAGUGUGUUAUGGAAAUACACUUUGUGAUUACUCAUUGUGUGCAGAACAUUUUUUCAAGAAAUUGUGUGUGCAUCAUAUAUCCUUUGUCUAGUGUUCUUACAUAAUAGUUUUCUUAUUGUUGGAGAGUUCAUGCCAGGACUUGUAAUAUCCUUGAAUUUUUGCAAGAUAUGAGAAACUGCUGUUCAAGUGGUAUUCCUGGACUGUGGUUAUUGUUGAUUAAACCAAAAAUAAAAAUAAAAUAUGGACCAUUGCAUGUGCGUGGAAAUUAAUACUCAUCACGUUAUAUUCUUUUCAUAAUAAAAGUGGCAGUUUUUAUACAUUUAUCUUUAAGUGUUAUAUUUACAGAAUGUCAUUACAGUACUGUUUACAGUUUGGGAGAAUUCUGAUGCAAUGUUUCAUGCGGCAACUUAGAAAAUGUUGCAUGCUAUCAGAACAUCAUCAGAAUAAUAAACCCAUGUGGUACCUGUGAGCAUAUAGAUUAGAAUUUUAUACCUAUUGGAUUUUGAUGGUUGCAGGUACAAUGCAAAACUACUGGGAAGUAACAAAUGUUACUUGACGUCCAUUUUGUAACCAUAGGAUCUAGUAUUUAAGUUUAGCACUUGGCUCAUAUGUCAGUUACUAUCAAGUAACUUGUUUAAAAAUGUUCUUUUGAUCAUGUUAUAUGUUUGUUUCUUAUUUAUAAGUAGUAUGUUUAGCAAAAUUAUCAUUGAAGUCAUAUUGCAGAGAAUGGUACUUUCAAUUUAUCUUGGGCAAUCAAGGCUUUGUUUCAUUUGGAUAUCUCUGUAAGUAACAUGAACUCUCAGUGAACAGUCAAUUUAUAUAAAAUUAUUUCAAGUACAGUAUUUUUUAAUGUAAUUCCUAUUCUUAAUUCCAUCACAGUUCCCAAAAUGUGUAGCAUUUCUGCAUUUGUAAGACUGAUGGGCCAUGUUAAUAUAAUUACUUUUAAACUAGUUUUUUGUGUACUCUUUGUUUCUUCUUCAUGUGCAACUAUCAUAUUUUAAAUGAAGUUUCUGUGUACUAUACUGGUAACUCACAAAUACAUCACACUGUUAUGCACAUAACUAAGGGAAAACAAUUGUGUCGUACUUCUCAAAACAGAUUUAGUUUCUUUCAUGAUCACUCUUUUCAUAGAAAGCAUAUCAGGCAGUGAUUAAACAGCAGGUCAUAGAACACUCUUCUUACAUCUACUCUAUGUUUAACAUGAAACCCUUACAUGUCAGGGACUUACUAUGCUUAUCUUUACUUAUCUGUGGUUUUCUGUCUGCUUUAUUUCCAAUUUAAUACAGUUAAUGACAUUUUAGAAUGACUGUGAGUAUGAAAAUUUGUAAAUUGAAGUUGAAUGCAAUCCCAUAUUGCACAGUACUGCCUAUAAUGGAAAGGUAUGAGGAUUUCAGGACCAAAAUGUGGAAUGAAUUAUAUCAGUCCUAAUUAGAUUAAUUGCUACUGUGCAAAUUUAGCAGGUCAUUUAAGGCACUGGCAUUUCAUAAGAUUGCUGUGUAUGUUACAUGGGUGCUUACAGGUAUGGUUAACAUUUUCAAAAGCUGGAAAUCUCUUAAUAGAACAAUAUUGUAUCAUUACUUUAUUUAUUAAAUUUUAAAUAAUUUAAAAUACUGUGAAUGUUAAAGCAAGGAUUCAGACUUGUUUCAUUCCAUUUUGUAUAGUAGAUGCAAGAUUAUUUAUUGCAUAUAGAAAAUUCUUCCAGAACAGAUAAAGGAGUGUUAUGCAAAUUUUCUUAAUAGAAGUUUGAAAUUGUUGAAUACUGUUUGUCACCUGUAUUACUGUUAUUUCAUUUAAUUCUCAAUUUGUCUACUGUUUGAUAUUAUAAAUUGUGUAUACUGCAUAACUGUCAUUCCAUUUGUAUUUUAUGAAAUAAAAAAGGAUAAUGUACAUUGCCUUU